GGGUAACUCGAAUACUCGGUCGGUUUUUUAAGUAACGAGUGCUUCGGAAGCCCUAGUCCGAGCUACUCGCGAGACCUGAGAUGCCCUGCAGAUGACACAAGGAAUAAUGAGUGAACUCCUCUUUCAUAUGGAAGAAAGCUCUCUUUCUUCGGUCUGUCCUUAUUAUAUGCUUGCCGGUAAAAAUCGGAGAAGAGGACGAAGAAGAUCGUUGAAUGAAGCAAAAGAAGCGCCGCCACCAGCUUAGGAUAGCCGCAAUCGAAGACCAAAGCUUGAGCGCUGUGCACGAACACUAAGAAGAACUGUACCUGCAAACAAAGUGAUGAAUUGAAUUGUUACAUUAAUUCGUGUUAAGGUUGUUUUAGUCGAGCUUCCAUUGAAUAUGAGCAGCGCACCUCAUAUCGACAGGAUGUCAAAUAUCUACAACAACUCAGUGGUUAGAUUUUAUCACUAUGUAUUUCACGAUCUAUCGGAUCCUCGGACAAGAGAUUGGUUCCUCAUACCAUCACCCGUACCUGGUGCUAGUAUUAUAAUCGGUUAUUUGUAUUUCAUCUUAUCUUGGGGUCCGAGACAUAUGGAGCACAGAAAACCAUACCAAUUAAAGAAAAUUCUAGUCUUCUACAACUUCCUGCAAGUUCUCCUCAGCUUUUGGCUAUUUUACGAAGGUCUGGACGCAGCUUGGCUUCGAAAGUACAGUUGGAAGUGUCAACCUGUUGACUAUUCUAACUCUCCAGACGCACUUAGAGUCGCCAGAGGCGUAUAUAUUUAUUUUUUGGCGAAGCUAUCGGAACUUCUAGACACAAUAUUCUUCGUUCUAAGAAAGAAAGAGAGCCAAAUCACAUUCCUUCAUUUGUAUCAUCACACUGUAAUGCCGAUGGCCUCUUGGGGCGCUACCAAAUAUUAUCCGGGUGGACAUGGCACGUUUAUAGGCGUUGUUAAUAGUUUCGUGCACAUUAUCAUGUACACGUACUAUUUGCUAGCUGCAUUACUACCUCAGUACCAGAAAUAUCUAUGGUGGAAGAAAUACAUCACGACCCUCCAAAUGGGUCAAUUCUGCUUGGCGUUUCUGCACAGCUGCCAAUUACUCAUUUACGAUUGUGACUACCCAAAAUGGUCGCUCAUCAUAAUUCUGCCAAACGCGAUGUUCUUCUACUUCUUGUUCGCCGAUUUCUACAGCAACGCGUAUAAGUAUAACGAAAACUAUUCGAAAUCGAUAGAGGGUAAAGAGAAUAGAGUCGCGAAGGAAGUGGCAAAUGGAAACACGCAAAAUGGAAAAAGAAAAACAGAGUAGUAUAGAAUUCCAUGAGUAUGAAACAAGCAACGAGAAGAAGAAAAAUCGACUAGAAUAUUCGCUCGUUGCCGUUGGCUUUUCAUUCAACGCGUUAAAAGUGGACCAUCGACGAUUGGUCGAUGAAACGACUAUGGGAUGUUUGAAUGGAUUUAUAUUCACGGUGACUGUGCUUUUGAUCCCUCAACGUCAAUAGUUCCAUGAACAAUAAGAACUGAAUUUUACAACCUCGAAGAUUUCUUGAAAAUUCCCUAGAAAAAUCGGAAAAACUUGUUUUCUUUGUUUCAUGUCGCGUCCCUUGGCGAUAAUGGGGAAGAAGUGCAUAUUUGCGCAUAAAAUCGAUCGUUUCUCCUUGAUCGUUUGCAGGCAGACUGUCAUCUACGGAGUCUUUAACUGCAUGCGUCAAUUAUAACCAUUCAAGAAUGUAGAUUUAGAAUAAUUACUAGCGAUAACAAUUGAUGAGAAAGGGGAAAGACGUGCGAGAGUUUUAAUUGAAGUUACAUAAGGUAAAUUCAGAAGAAAAACGCCACACUUGUAAUAUCUUCUAAUGGGAGAAAGAGAAUUGUGUAUGUUGCGUCUUGUCGUAACCCUGCUUGUAUGCAUGAAAAAACACGUUAGUACCUGCUCGACUCACAAUGUACAGGUCUGUGCCUGUGAACCAUUAAAGCAAUAACUGUACAAAAAAUUACUUAAAAAUUUUGUAUAUGUGAGACAUUACGCAAUGCUUGUUACAAGCGUAAUGGAAACAAGACCUAUUUUACUAUUUAAUAGCUUCUUAUCAAUUAGUAAACACAGAAAAAGAAUUUAGAGAACAGGAAUUAGUGCAUGUGGCAUCUUUCCUAUAAGAUGUAGGAGAGCUGUCAUUUUAGCAGCGUAUCACUUUUUUUAAUUUUUGUGGAUUAUGCAUAAGAAAAAUUGAUAACUGCUUUUGCUUUUCAUAUAUGAGUGUAUUAUUGUAAUAAAAAAAUUAAUCGUUUAAAUCAAUAUGAAGCCAAAUUUGUUAUUGAUCCUUAAUAAAAAAAAGGGUGGCGUAUCUCCCAAAUUUACCUUAGAUUAAUAUAAUAUUUUAUAGAUUAAUAUAGAAAAUAUUCUAACUAAUCGUUUGACGAUCCGCUUAAAAAUAAUUUAAUCUUGAAUUACAUCAUUACGUCUUAACUAGAAAAUGAAUGUAAGAAUUCACGUACUUUAAAGAAUUUGAAAAUACAGUUUCAUCGUACUAAUUUUUAGUUUUCGUGCCCAAUUAGACAAUAUUAGAUAAAUACUGGAGUGAAAAGAACAGAUCGUUCUUCUGAAGUAUGUAGACUUACAAUAUAUUACAAUGGGAAUGAAAUUGACUGGUUGGUUUUAAUGUUAGUAUAAUUUCAAUCAUUUCAAUCGUCAGUCUAUUGUCAGAUUAAGACUAUCUAGAUAGUAUUAUCGAAUAAUAAGCCUUAUGACGGUCAUUUAAAUGGCACGAUGUUUUAACAAGGCUGCCAACUUCUUCGAUCUUCUAUGUAAUUAUUAAUUAAUCCAAAGUAUUUUAUACAUUCCAUUUUACGAUGUAGAGUUUCAUAAAGGGCAUCAAAUAAGUAUAAGCUGCAAAUACAUUCAGGUCGAGUAAAUAAUCAAAAUUUUAUAUUGAUUACCGCCGAUGAAUCACCGUACCGUUUCUUACAAUGGCACAAAACAGUGAGGGAUCCAGUUGGACUUUUUCACCCGCAAACGAACAAGUACGAAAUAAUUCUCAAGGAGAAACGCAGUGUAUCUCUGAAAAUAAAUCUGAAAUCUCCUGAAUUCCAGCUUCAUACCUGUACAAGCAUCGUAACUUGUCCCGUUUUUUGUCUACAGAUUUUAGAGAACCACUCUUUCAGAAUCGAUUUAUCAUGGUGUAGUCUGUGAAAUUGUAGGAAAAAAUGCGAGUUACGUCAGACAUUUCGGUCUUUUAUUACACGCUUCGCUCAAAUCUUUAUUAUUUAAAUUGAAAGGAAUGUUGAUCUUGUAGUUAUAAAUGAGUGUAAUUUGAAGAAUAAACACAAUCUUUCAAGAAUUUUUUAACAUGAAAUAAUUAAAAGAAGAGUUGAUUUAUGGUUGCUUAUUAGCAAAACUCCAAUGACUGAAACGUCGAAGAUAUUUGUUGGAGUAUGAAAAGCUAAGGAAAAAGUUUGUGCAGACCUAGAAUUACUAUUAGGACUAGGAAUUAUUUUGCGAGUCACAUAAUACAUAUUUAAGUGUUAACAAGAAUAAAGUUUAAUAAUGAAGUAACGAAGACAAAGAAAAUUGCUUUAAGUUCGCUUUGUACCUGCCUCGUUGCAGGAACCUCAUUUUUAAUUAGUGGAAAUUAAUCGUUGAAUUUCACUGAAUUUUACAGUUCCCAUUUAGAUAUAUUGUAAUAUAUUGUAAGACAGCUGCUAUUUAUUUUUUCCGCAAUGUUUCCUUUGCAGCACGCUUUGCAAGCUAUAUUUGAACAUAAAUAUUGAAUCACGAUACUUUCCCAAUCAUACACGCGAAAAAAUCAAUCAUAACGAUGAUUUUUCUAUAUUCGUGAUUACGUUAGUUUUCGUUUGUACGUUUUUCAUUGAAAUUUUCUUUAUGUUUUGCUACUUGCCGUGUCUAUAUAAAGAAAGAAUAUUAAUUAUCAUUAUCAUGCAUAAAGUUUUAAAAAAAGAAACAUUUAUGAAAGAGAAAUUACUUAUUGGUCAACUUUAUUAAAUUCUGUUUGCAAGAAUAUUAGAAUCUGGUAUUUAGUUACUGUUAACAGCAACGAUUUAUUUGGGAAAUGGAAGAAAAGGAGAAGAAGAAUGAAAGUAGACGUCACAAGAAGAGAGAUCUAACUUCGACUCGUUGAAUUUUAAUACAACUUCAUGUAAAGAUCUCUUUUUAAAAUGACUCUUUAGGGAUUACCUCUUAUAUUAAGGUAGAUAUUUAAAAAUUUAUAAAUUGUCCGAAUGUUCGAAAGAAAGAAAGAAUUGUCCGAAGAUUUUUAUCUUAAAUACAAUUUAUGUUCCUUGAUUGCUUUUAGUUGCUACAGUGCCGUUUCGCGAUCGUGAUUUGCAUCAUAAUAGAUCAAAUCCAUAUACAUUUCCAUUGAACAUUAUUUUUAAAGGUAGAAAAAUCCAAAACAUAUUUCGAACGUUGCAUUAAAAUUUACAAGCUGUAUUGAGAUCCUCCUUUUGUCAACUCGUCUAAAAAGUUAUGAAUAAAUAAUAACUUUGUGUAUUUACAUGUCUUAAUUGUGAUCGACUUCUAUAAAUAUGCAGAAUAUUAACGUAUGCCAUGAUUAACGGCAACAUUUCUGCUUAUGUUGCACACUGUUGCAUCAGGCGUGACAGAUAUGCGUUUUAAAUUCGUUGAUUCGUUCAAAACACAAGUAAAUAACUGUUUGCGUUUUCGAACGAAUCAACAAAAUAUUUUUUCUUCGGUGGUUAUAUAUAUAUAUAUAUACCUUAUAAUACCGUGAUAAUAUAUAUAUAUAUAAAAGAUAAUAUAUAUAUAUAUAUUAUAAAAGAUAAUAUAUAUAUAUAUAUUAUCACGUCAAUAUCAAUAUCACGUGACUGUAGUUACGAAACUGAUUCACAAAAUGCAAAAUGGAAAUUAAUCUUAGCCAACAUUCUUAUAUAAAAAAGGAUUUUUCACAGGACAGCUUAUCCAUCCGAGUUAAAACGAAACGAUUUCAGUGUAAACCAAAUAUCGUACAGAGUUGCGACGCAAAGUCGGCAAGGCAAAAGCUAUUUAAUUUAAAAAUUAAUUUAAAAGAUCAUCAAGUCUUAGGAAUAAAAAGAAAGAGAAAACAAAAAAUAAUUUCAGAAAUAUACUAUUUGUGAUGAGUUCCUCCAGAUAGAAAUUCAUCGAAGAGUCAACCGAUUAAAAGUUGAAACAGGAGCGAUAGACGCAGGGUCUUGCUUUCCGAGGAGAAAGCAAUUACCGUUCUUCGAUGCUUUCGAUGUGACAGUCGUCUAGAGAAGAUACAGUGCCUUCUCUGUUCGACCUUUUCCUGAAUCAUAGCCCACCUCGUUUUACAGAGAUCGCCCCCGGGAAUUUGCCUUUAGUCAAGAUUUCGUUAUACUUUCUCCAGCUUCUGACGAAUCGUCUCGGUAUUUUUCCUGAGACAUCGUAUGCUCAUUG